CUUGCACAUUGUUGGCUGCGGCUGGAGGUACUUGGGUACCUAGGUACCCGGGUACAUGGUCACCACGCUAGACACCGUUCUGGCCGGGCUGAUCUGAGACGGGUAGACCACCGCCUGAGCCGUGCGACCCUGGCCCUACCUGGUGCUGUUCGUGCCUGGCCCUUGUCUCUGUUGGAAUAAGCGCCAGCCAACCGUUUGCGGCCUUCUCUCACAGUAUGAAGGGCCCGUCGACGGCUGACCAACCUCAGGUCUCCCUUUGCUCCCUGCCCGGCCCAGGCCCAGACAGCCAGAACAGCAAUACGGAUUACGGAUUACCGGCGUGUGCCUGGCGCCUCUCCGUGGCCUCUCGUUUACGGCGUCUCGGCCACCUCGAAACGGCACUGCCCCAUACCGCGUCUCGCACCCGCGCGCUCGCCCACCCAUUUCUGCCAUUUGCGACGUGCAGAUGCACGUCUCGACCCCGGAUGCGCCCCGGAACUUUGCGUGGCACCGCCGGUAGCAUGUUUCCACCGUGUUCAUCAUGCUCUCCUGCGAGCCCACCAGGUGUUCGUCGCCCGCCCUGAGACGAACUAGGGAGCGGAAGGGGCCUUCUAAUUAUGAUGAUGACAUGGCGCCUCUUUGACUCCCCGCCCCGGCGGCUACACCACGGCCACUCGCCUUGACUGAGCAUUGCCUUGCUGCCGCCGACCACACCCUGUGCGUUGCCCUCGACUGGACACGGAGGCCGCAAGACGGGUCCCAUGCGUCCAAGUGCGGCUUCCUUCUCCACGCACACAGGCCAGCAGUCGUCCUGGCGAGGUCUUUGUCACCUCACCCGGCACCACGCCGUCGUCUUUGUCCGGCUUCCAGCUUUGGAACGUCAUAUCCGCAUGCUUGGGCUUUCCCGGGACAUCGCUUUCUUCCUUCUCUCAUUACAUCGCCAUUGUUCUCGACCUUGUUCUCCCAGCCCUUUUUGUUUCCUCCGAUCUUGCCGCCCGAGUCACCACAACAAGGCAUUGUCAUCUUGACUGCCUUUGAGAGUGUCCUGAAUCACACUGUUUAUCAUACUUCUUAUGCCUUCUGGCCCAUAACCUUUCACCCAAGGGGCUCUGCUCUUUUGGUCUCUCCCCCCCGUUAUUCUCCACGUUGAUCCUCUCUGCAACCGCCGACUACUGUCUGGUACUCCGCAACAACACAUCACCUAUCCGCGCUACGCGCCGGGCAUCAGAAACACAACCGACAUAUUCUACCUCUACCAUUGCACAAGAAACAGCACAGACACAUCAAUGAAGAAACAAACAAAAAGCACAGCGCUGGCCAGGGCGUCGGCGCUUCUGCUCCUCUCCGCACUACCCUCCUUUGCCUCAGCCCUCUACAUCCAAGUAUCACCAUCAGAGCUUUUUGGCCGGCAAGAUUCCACAUGCGGCGACUCCUCGUACGCGAAAUGUAACACGGCUGGCCUUCCUGACGACUUCUGCUGUCCCGCCGAUCACUCAUGCAUUGCCCUCGCCGGCAAGACAACCGCACUCUGCUGCCCUAGCGACAGCGACUGCAAUGGCAUCAGGCCCAUCCCCUGCGACAUCAGCCUGCAGGACAAAGGACUUCACCCGGAGAAUGUGGUUAUGACCAACGCCCUGACGGGGACGAUUCCCAGGUGUGCCAACUUGUGCUGCCCCUUUGGGUACAGCUGUGACGGCGAGAACUGCAUUCUCAACCCAGACCAGAACGCGAAGCCAUUGACUUCGACCGGACCGCAGCCCUCAACAACGGCGGCGUCGUCCGCAGCCGGGAGCAGUGAGACAGUCGGCGUGAGCGUGACCUCCGCGUCGCGACAGUCGGCUUCCGCAACAGCCUCUGCAACAGCCUCCGGCUCAGGCUCAGGUUCUGCGACGGCGACCGGCUCCGGGUCCCAGUCCUCGUCCACGGCCGCCGCGGCCGAGGGAUCUGGUGAUAACGAUAGCGAUUCCGACAGCUCCAGCUCUUCGAGUGGACCCUCGGCUGGCCUGGUGGCUGGUGGUGUCGUGGGUGGUAUCGCUGCUGCCGUCUUCCUGGGAAUGCUGGUGUGGUUCUUCAUCAAGAGGGAGGCCAAGCGCAAGAACGAGGCCGCUCAGGAGAAGCUACCUCAAUCUCGCUCGUCACGAUCGUCAUCCUUUGGCAACAUCAUCAACAACCCGAUGACCAACUCUCUGCGCAUGGGUGGAUGCCCGGUAAUUUCCAAGCCCAUCGUCGACGAGGGCGCCAUGAGAAGUGACUUUGGGCGCAAAGUUAGCCCGCGGGCCGGGUCUUUCAAUACCGCUAGCGACGAGGACAUUGAGUACGAGAGGGAGUUUGGCACAAUGGGGGCCAGGCCCGUGAGCGGGGUGGACAUGAAUGACCUGCACUCGGUGCCCCGCUCGCCCCCGACGCUCACAAACAACAGAGCGGUGAGCUCCAUGUACGCCGUCACCGACUACGCGGAUGACGGCGCGUACCAGGCACCGCUCAAGAUGCCCUCGGCCCGCCACUUUGGUGGCCAGGACAACCGUGUCAGCGUCGGCGCCGAGGGCCGGGACGCCCUGGGGUCGCCCAUAUCCGAUUAUGGUGGCCAGAGGGUCGAGCGGGACCCCAACGGGGCAUACAUAGACGUCUUUGCCGACUCGAACGUCCCUCUCACGCCGCCACAGGCUUAUACCGGGGACAGGAUGACUAGAUUUACAGACAUAAUGGACGACGCCCAGGAUAGGAGGAGGUAAUUUUGAAGACUGCAGAGCAUAUAUAUAGCAUGCAUGGACUGGCGUUGAUAAUUGUUUUACCCAGGGAGCGGUUUGGAUACGGAAAUAAAGAGAUACCUGUCUUGUACUAGCAACUACUAUUGCCAACAAAGACUACCGCUUACUACUAGUUUAAAUAUAUACAAAGUACAUAAACUUUUUCAGUUCUGGAU